AUGGCCAUGCUGGCAUCCAAGUCGCCCUUCACGCCUUCGCUGGGUUCCCAGUCGUCCACCAUGAUGGCGAGCACACCACAAACCGCCUACACUCCUUCGCGAAGAGCGCCUGCAGUCUCUCAUGCGACCAACCAGAACUAUGCGAGUCCUACCGAAUCCGAAUUUUCCGACCUUGACGGGCCCGAAUCGGUCAAGAACUGGAACGAGGACAGGGUGUGCGACUAUCUCAGGAGCGUAAAAUGCGGCGACUACGAAAGGAUAUUCCGCAAAAAUAACAUAAAUGGCGAGGCGCUUUUGGAGAUUGACAAGGAGGUCCUCAAAGAGAUGGGAAUCGAAAAGGUUGGAGAUCGCGUCCGCUUGUUUCUGAGCAUCAAGAAACUCCGGACACAGACCUAUGCGAACCAGAGAAAGAGAGACAGGGAAUCCUUUGCUGUGCUUGAUAACCAGUAUUCAGCGACUUCUUUGCGAGUGCCCAUCACAAAUCGAUCAGCGGCGACGUCCGCUCCUCGGCGCUAUGACCGCCAGUACGAACUCACCCCCAAUGCCGACAUGUCGAAACCUUCCUCGCGGCCGACCUCGCCGCUACCUAGUUCUGACUACAACAGACAAGCCCGGCGAGGCUAUGGGCAACAACAGGGCUAUGGCAAUCAACCUACACAAGCUGCUCCCUCGCGGUUCCCCAUGUCUCCUCCUGAGUCCCACCCCGGCCGAUUGGUACAAGCCCACACUAGGAACAACUCCAGCAUGGAUGGUUCGCUGAUGGCUGCGCUGCCACAGGGUCAGGAUGUCAUUCGCGUCAUCUCCACAGGUGGCGUAACCAAGGUUGUUAAGAUUGCCGACUGCAACACCUGUGAAGAGGUUAUGCGUGUUACCCUACGUAAGUUUGGCUUGCGGGAGGACCAUGAAAGGAAUUACUGUUUCUGGGUGCUAGCCGGCGUUGAUCCGGACCCAAACCAAUGCCGCCGCCUCGGGGAUACGGAGCUGUGGAGAGUCAUCAAAGACCACACUCGCCCAGAGCGCAACCGCCUGAUUCUCAGGCGAGUUCCUUCUGGAGAGCCGGGCAAGGCAGAACUCGAAAGAGCAGCUGCCAUUGCGAUGGAGGAAGCACAGCAAACACAUAGGCCUCCAAUUGAGCCUAGCGAUAAGCGGAGUCAGCUGAAGCUGCAAAAGGUGCUGGGAGUCGGCUGGGAAGACCUCCAACAACAGCCUCCGCUCUCUCCCAUGUCCUAUCAGGACCGAGAAAGAAACGUCUCAAACGCUGCUAGGGAUCUAGAGCGGCCAGCACCUCUGGAAACCCCCAGGGCCAUGCCUCGCCGUACACAAGCACUUCGUCAGUUCGGUGGGCUGAGACCGCCUAGCGAGCUUAUCGCCUCAGAUCUUACGAGCUACUUUCCAGAUCACUCUCGUGAAGCUAUCGACAGGACGGCCCGUUUGUCCAUGAGACGCUCGGCACGUCUGAGUAGAGUGAACCAUCGUCUGAGUGUUGCUAGCACCCUUAGCUUUGCCUCUAGCAUACAAGACGCUCCGCCAAUCCCUACCAUCGCAGACAGCUGGUUGACCGCUUCCAACCAGAUUGCCAAGGUACGCCCGCGUGAUGUGCUGCCAAGGGCGCCUCACGGAUAUAGAGACUCUGUGGCUUCAUCCGUGCUUGAUACGCUACAAGAAGAAGGCUCUCCAACCGAGCCUAACCGGAGAUCAUUCGUUCCAUUUUCGGACAGCGGCUCGGAUACAGCUGCAGUUAGCGUCAUCGAUCCCGAUGGUAACAUAGUCAGACACAGUUACUACGACAGCGGCACCACUAACUCAGCCGAUUCCGCGGUAAUACAGGAAGCGCUUGCUGAAGAUGGCGAGGAUGCUGCUGACAAGGAACUUCAAACUUUCCUGGCGGGCGACGCUUGGGACGACAGUAUGUGGAUGAAGGGUUCUCUUAUCGGUCAGGGUUCAUUUGGCUCCGUGUACCUCGCCCUACAUGCCAUCACUGGUGAACUGCUCGCCGUGAAGCAGGUCGAGACACCUGCACCUGGUGCAGACAGUAAAAACGAUGCCCGCAAGAAGAGCAUGAUUGAAGCGCUCAAGCGCGAGAUCACCCUCCUUCGUGACCUCCAACAUCCCAAUAUCGUGCAGUACCUGGGCUGCAGCUCAUCCGCCGAAUAUCUCAACAUUUUCCUCGAAUACGUUCCCGGUGGUUCCGUGCAGACCAUGCUCAACCAAUACGGUGCCCUCCCCGAAUCACUCGUUCGCAGCUUCGUUCGUCAAAUCCUCCAGGGCCUCUCCUACCUCCACAAUCGUGACAUCAUUCACCGCGACAUCAAGGGCGCCAACAUCCUCGUCGACAACAAAGGUACCAUCAAAAUCUCUGAUUUCGGCAUCUCCAAGAAACUCGAAGCCACCAACAUCCUCAACGGCGCCAACAACAACAAGCACCGUCCCUCACUGCAAGGCUCCGUCUUCUGGAUGGCUCCUGAGGUAGUCAAACAAACCAGUUACACCCGCAAAGCUGACAUCUGGUCACUCGGCUGCCUGGUGGUCGAGAUGAUGACGGGCACCCACCCGUUUCCCGACUGCACCCAGUUACAGGCCAUCUUCAAGAUUGGCGGCUCCAAGGCCUCGCCGACGAUUCCGGAUAACGCUAGCGAGGAGGCGAAGCAGUUCCUUGCGCAGACAUUUGAGAUUGAUCAUAAUAAGCGGCCGAGCGCAGAUGAGCUGAUGUUGAGCCCGUUCUUGACGCCUGUGCCGGGGACAUAAGAGUUUCUCCAAUAA